GCAAAGUCGGCAUCUUUGACUCUUAUACGUUCUCACCCAAAAGUUUUCAUGAUGAGGAGUACAUCUUUAAAUCCGUGGACACUUGGCUGAUGGGCAAAUGUCAGAGGUAUGUCCCCAUCACUAGGACCAUAAUUGUAUUACAAAUAGGAUCAUAGUCACUCUACCAAUAGGACUAAAAUGCCUUUAGCAAUAGGACCACAAGUUCUCAACCAAUAGGACACCAAACCUCACACCUAAUAGGACACCAAACCUCACACCUAAUAUGACAUCAAACGUCACACCAUAUAUCAAACCAAACCUCACACCUAAUGUGACACCAAACCUCACACCUAAUAUGACACCAAACCUCACACCUAAUAUGACACCAAACCUCACACCUAAAAUGACACCAAACCUCACACCUAAUAUUACACCAAACCUCACACCCAAUAUAACACCAAACCUCACACCUAAUUCACACCAAACCUCACACCUAAUAUGACACCAAACCUCACACCUAAUAUGACACCAAACCUCACACCUAAUAUCACACGAAACCUUACACCUAAUAUAACACCUAAUAUCACACCUAAUGUCACACCAAACCUCACACCUAAUAUCACACCUAAUAUCACACCAAACCUCACACCUAAUAUCUCACUGUAUAUCACACCGUAUAUCACACCAAACCUCACACCUAAUAUGACACCACACCUCACAGCCAAUAUACCACCAAAACUCACAGCUAAUAUGACACCAAACCUCACAGCUAAUAUGACACCAAACCUCAUACCUAACAUCACAGCAAACCUCACAGUUAAUAUUGCACCAAACGUCACAGCUGAUAUGACACCAAACCUCAAAGCUAAUAUGACACCAAACCUCAAAGCUAGAAUGACACCAAACCUCACAGCUGAUAUGACACCAAACCUCACAACUAAUAUCACACCAAACCUCGCACCUAAUAUGACACCAAACCUCACACCUAAUAUCACACGAAACCUUACACCUAAUAUAACACCUAAUAUCACACCUAAUGUCACACCAAACCUCACACCUAAUAUCACACCUAAUAUCACACCAAACCUCACACCUAAUAUCUCACUGUAUAUCACACCGUAUAUCACACCUAAUAUCACACCUAAUAUGACACCACACCUCACAGCCAAUAUACCACCAAAACUCACAGCUAAUAUGACACCAAACAUCACAGCUAAUAUGACACCAAACCUCAUACCUAACAUCACACCAAACCUCACGGUUAAUAUUACACCAAACGUCACAGCUGAUAUGACACCAAACCUCAAAGCUAAUAUGACACCAAACCUCACAGCUGAUAUGACACCAAACCUCACAACUAAUAUCACACCAAACCUCGCACCUAAUAUGACACCAAACCUCACAGCUGAUAUAACACAAAACCUUACAGCUGAUAUGACACCAGACCUCACACCUACUUUCACACCAAACCUCGCACCUAAUAUGACACCAAACCUCACAGCAGAUAUGACAUGAAACCUCACAGCUGAUAUGACACCAAUUCUCACAGCUAAUAUGACACAAAACCUCACAGCUGAUAUGACACCAAACCUCACAGCUGAUACGACACCAAACCUCACAGGUGAUAUUACACCAAACCUCAGAGCUGAUAUGACACCAAACCUCACAGCUGAUAUGACACCAAACAUAAACCUAAUAUCACACCAAACCUCACACCUAACAUGACACCAAACCUCACACCUAAUAUGACACCAAACCUCACACCUAAUAUCACAACAAACCUCACACCUAAUAUGACACCAAACCUAACACCUAAUUGACACCAAACCUAACACCUAAUUGACACCAAACCUCACACCUAAUAUCUCACCAAACCUCACACCUAAUCGCACACCUAAUAUCACACCAAACCUCACACCUAAUAUCACACCUAAUAUCACACCAAACUUCACACCUAAUAUCACACCAAACCUCACACCUAAUAUAGCACCAAACCUCACACCUAAUAUCACAUCUAAUAUCACACCAAACCUCACACCUAAUAUCAAACCAAACCUCACACCUAAUAUCACACCAAAACUCACACCUAAUAUCACACCAAACCUAACCCCUAAUAUCACACCAAACCUCACACCUCAUGUGACUCCAAACCCCAAACCUAAUAUGAAACCAAACCUCACACCUAAUAUCACACCAAACCUCACACCUAAUAUCUCUCCAAACCUCACACCUAAUAUCACAUAAUCUCACACCAAACCUCACACCUAAUAUCACACCAAACCUCUCACCUAAUAUCACACCUAAUAUCACACCAAACCUCACACCUAAUAUCACACCAUACAUCACACCAAACCUCACACCUAAUAUCACACCUAAUAUCACACCAAACCUCACACCUAAUAUCACACAUAAUAUCACACCAAACCUCACACCUAAUAUCACACCUAAUAUCACACCAAACCUCACACCUAACAUCACACAUAAUAUCACACCAAACCUCACACCUAACAUCACACCAAACCUCACACCUAAUAUCACACAUAAUAUCACACCAAACCUCACACCUAAUAUCACACCAAACCUCACACCUAAUAUCACAUCUAAUAUCACACCUAAUAUCACACUUAAUAUCACACCAAUCCUCACACCUAAUAUCACACCUAAUAUCACACCUAAUAUCACACCUAAUAUCACACCAAACCUCACACCUAAUAUCACCCCAAACCUCACACCUAAUAUCACACCUAAUAUCACACCUAAUAUCACACCUAAUAUUUAAUAUCACACCAAUCCUCACACCUAAUAUCACACCUAAUAUCACACCUAAUAUCACACCAAACCUCACACCUAAUAUCACACCAAACUUCACACCUAAUAAUCACACCAAACCUCACAGCUGAUGUGAGAAAAAUCCUAACAGUCAAUAUGACAACAUAAUUCACCAAUAUGAUCACACUUGAAAGCCUUACAAAAUUAUGAAAAUUGACCUAUUUCUAUUUUUAUCAAAUAUAAUUAUUUUAGAUUUUUAGAGGCCUUUAUCUAAAGGUUAUAUCGAAUGUUUCAUCGAAUAACCUUUAAUUUAAAAAAAAAAAAAAAAACUUUCGACACUUUAGAAUAGUUUUAAAAAUUUUUAUCAAAUAUAAUUAUUUUAAAUUUUUAAAGGCCUUUAUCUAAAGGUUAUAUCGAAUGUUUCAUCGAAUAACCUUUAAUUUAAAAAAAAAAAAAAACUUUCGACACUUUAGAAUAGUUUUAGAAAUUAUAUUAUUUUUGUACGUGUCAAUCGUCGACACUGACAUCAUUUAAUGACAGGUUAGUUUUCUACUGGUAAGACCAGCAUUGGCCACAAGGAGUUUGGAAAUGUAACAUGGUAAACAAAUUAGGAGGGAAAAAAAUAGAUAGGGAGGUGUUGGAUAAAAUGUUUGACUUUCCUUGACAAGCAGAGAGGGGGGUUGGGUCAUAAUGUGCUGCAUAGACCAGGAGCUUGGAUCAACAAGAACAGGUCAAGACAUUUUGAAUAGAUUUAAUUCAUAUUUUCCAUCUGGAGACUAAAAGAUUUUUUUAGAAAUUGUGUAGGAAUAUGUAAUGAUGGGGCACCAAACAAUGGUAGGCUCAGUAUAGUGCUUUGUAAACCAAACAAUGAUAGGCUCAGUAUAGUGCUUUGUAAACCAACAAUGUUAGGCUUAGUAAAGUGCUUUGUAAACCAACAAUGUUAGGCUUAGUAAAGUGCUUUGUAACCAAACAAUGAUAGGCUCAGUGAAGUUCUUUGUAACCAAACAAUGUUAGGCUUAGUAAAGUGCUUUGUAAUCCAACAAUGGUAGGCUCAGUGAAGUGCUUUGUAAACCAAACAAUGUUAGGCUUAGUAAAGUGCUUUGUAAACCAACAAUGGUAGGCUCAGUGAAGUGCUUUGUAAACCAACAAUGGUAGGCUCAGUGAAGUGCUUUGUAACCAAACAAUGGUAGGCUCAGUGAAGUGCUUUGUAACCAAACAAUGGUAGGCUCAGUGAAGUACUUUGUAAACCAACAAUGGUAGGCUCAGUGAAGUGCUUUGUAACCAAACAAUGGUAGGCUCAGUGAAGGGCUUUGUAACCAAACAAUGGUAGGCUCAGUAAAGUGCUUUGUAAACCAACAAUGGUAGGCUCACUCAAUCUUUUCCUUAAAGCCAAAAUCCAAAACAAAUUAUGUCGUCAUUUUCUUGCAGUAAAUGUUGGGCCAUAUGAACAUGUGAAUUCAGUUGAUAUAGUUGAAGUUUUAGAUCAAGUCAACUUUAAGUACAAGGCAAAGAUGAACAUAUUUUAUCUUCAACACAGUGAAGGAACUGAGAGAUAUGAUCAAAGUAUGGCUAACCUAGGAAAGGAAAGAAGAGGGUUUGGAAGGGGGGGUAACACAUGUUGAUCUUAUUAUUUAGGGAGUUGUUGAAACUUUAACAGUUGUUGACAAAUGAGAGAGGUUGGGGGGGGGGGUGUCAAAUUUAUCUAAAUUUAGUUGCCUGUACAAGUUAGAUAUCCCUCUGACCAAUAGAGCUGCCUGUAUAUGGUAGAGAUUACUUUGACCAAUAUGGCCACAUUAUGCCCCAUCAAGUAAUCAGUUCAGAAUUCAUUGGUUAUCUUAUAUUGAAGCUCAUCCCUUUUGGUGCACCAUUGUGCUGUUACUUAUUGUGUGUUUUUCAAUGUUCUGACAGUGUGUGUACAGAGCACCCGUGGCGUAGGUUUAGAUGCAACCCUUCAACAAAGUCUGUCUUCAAUUCCGAGGGUGAACAAGAUCAGAAAGCCAGCCCUGAAGACACCGAGCCCUGGCCUAGUGUGGCUGAUGAGACACAGCAGUCUGGACUGUCCGAUUUGAAAGAUAGCAAAGCAGUCAAAAAGUCUGAAGAUUCCAAUGAAAGUCAGCUUUUAAAAAGGAUAGAAAGGGAUGAUUUUGAAAAUAUCAACUUCAAUCUGAAAUCAAAUUUAUGCAAAACAGUAAUGUCACGUCCACUAGGUUUUUGUCCCCUAAAUAGAUGGAAGUUAGUCAACAAUUUAGACCAACUUAAACGAGUCCAAUUAAAUUUGUCUCCAAGGUGGAUGAAA